ACACAGCGAGUGGCUUUAUAACAGAGAAGGAAGACAGGUGGCCAAGGUGCUCUCAGCGAGCUAACAAGAGGAGCCACAAAGGCCAACUCCACGGGGUUAUCAGCCUACGCCGCUGGGCGGUACUGGGCUUGCCACUCCUUUGAACAAGGGUGAAGGGCAGAUUUCUCACCUCCUCCUUCCUAUCUGCCCACUGCCGAGCAGAAGCAGCUCCCUCCCAAGGCAGGAGGGAGUCCCACACGGAAGUCGAGCCACCGCUCCCGUUCACAUGAGACCUCAGGCAGAGGUGCUGGGGAAGCCGACCACCUCCUGCCAAAAAACCCCAGGAGCCUCUCAGCCUGCUCCACCUGCAGCCUCUGCCACACCACCUGCCUGACAGACAGCUCCCAAGGGACCUGCCAGGAGGAGCCAAAGGAGAGCAGGGGGGGGAAGAGAAAGACUCUUCACUUCACCAUGCAGGAUGAAAUUCUGUUGACUCCCUGGAGAAAUUUUCCCUUUGAAGACUCAGAUCCAUUUGCCUCUGCGGAUGAAGAGAAGUGGGAUUUCAUCCUCGUGAGUGACAUCCACGAAGUGGGCAGUGUGAAGGAGAUCAAGAGGAAGAAGUUCCUGGAUGAGCUGAGCAAGAAGGGGUUCACCAUCAAGAAAAUUGAGGACAAGAAGCUAUUUUAUGGGGUCCGUGCCCCGAAACAUAUCUUCCGGAAAUACCAGUGGCUCCUGAGGAACCCUCAGGACAGCCGGCUGCAAGACUUUGAUGCCUGUCAUGACAUACCAGUAACCGCCAGGAUACGGAUCGUGAACUUCAUCUUGCUGAACACGGUCACGCCUGACCUCGAGAAGCUGAAUGACCUGAUGAAGAAGAAGGUCUUUGAGGCAAUGUUUCCACUGCACGAGAAAGAAGAGGUAAGAGAAUUCCUAAAGGAGAAGUGGGCUCGCUGGAGAGAUAUAUUUUGCCAACAGCCGAUUGAGAAGAUCAGGUGCUAUUUUGGUGAGAAGGUGGCCCUGUACUUUGCCUGGCUUGGCUGGUACACCUACCUGCUGGGGUUCGCUGCGAUGAUCGGCCUGGUGGUCUUCGUGGCUGGGAUUACUGUUUUCAACUCCAGCCAGGUGAGCAAGGAGAUCUGCAAAGCCAAUAACACCAUCAUGUGCCCACUCUGCGACCAGAAGUGCCCGUUCUGGUUGCUCUCUGACACCUGCACCUAUGCCAGGGUCACUCACAUGAUUGACAACGAGGGGACAGUUUUAUUUGCCAUGUUCAUGGCCAUCUGGGCCACCGUGUUCCUGGAGCUGUGGAAGAGGCAGAGAGCCACCGUGGUCACCAACUGGGACCUGUACAGGUGGGAUGAGGAUGAGGAGGAGCUGGCUUUGGAGCUGAUCAAUAAUUUGCAGCACGAACCUCGGCGGUACCAGCACUCCUACUUGCGCAGCACCAUCGUACUCAUCUUGGUUCUGGUCAUGAUUGCUGUGCUGAUCGGCAUUGCCCACGCGCUCGUCAUUUAUCGGGUGGUUGUGACGGCUCUCUUCACCCAGAGCGACUUUGAAUUCUUCCGCGAGCAGGCCAACACAGUGGCCGUGAUGACAGGGGCUGUGCUGCACUACCUCACCAUCGUCAUCAUGACCAAGGUCAACAGGCGUGUGGCCCUCUUUCUCUGUGACCUGGAGAAACCACGGACCUUCUCCCAGCGUGAGAACAACUUCACCAUAAAGAUCUUCAUCUUCCAGUUCUUCACGAACUUCUCCUCGCUCAUCUACAUCGCUUUCUUCCUGGGGCGGAUCAACGGCCGUCCAGGGAACUACGUGCGCAUCGCUGGCAAGUGGAGGCUGGAGGAGUGCCACCCCAGCGGCUGCAUCACCGACCUCUUCAUCCAGAUGGCCAUCAUCAUGAUGCUCAAGCAGACCAUCAGCAAUCUGAUGGAGUACCUCAUCCCCUGGAUAGGCCACAAAAUACGCACUAGGCAGAAGCGCCCCAAGAAGAGAAACAUGGUGUUGGGGGAGGAGGAAGAGCCUGAGGACCCCUGCAAAAAACAGUGGCUGAGCAACUAUCAACUCAACGAGGUCAACACCUUCAGCUUGUUUGAUGAGUUCUUGGAGAUGGUGAUCCAGUACAGCUUCACCACCAUUUUUGUGGCUGCCUUUCCCCUCGCCCCUCUGCUGGCUUUCUGCAACAACCUCUUCGAGAUCCGUCUGGAUGCCAUCAAGAUGAUGCGGCUGCGCCGGCGCAUGGUGCCCAGGAAGGCCAAUGACAUCGGAAUCUGGCUGCAGGUCCUGGAGGCCAUUGGCAUCCUGGCUGUCAUCGGGAAUGGACUGGUGAUCGCCAUCACAUCUGACUUCAUCCCUGUGCAGGUCUACAAGUACACGUACAGCCCCUGCAUGACGGAAAACAGCACUGCUGUGGACUGCCUGACCGGCUACAUCAACCACAGCCUCUCCGUCUUCCAUGUCCAGGACUUCGAGCCCCACACAAAGCUGGCCGAAAAUCAGACAGACUUUGUCAGGGGCAAGAUCACGGAGUGCAGGUACCGGGAUUACAGGAACGCUGACGACUACAGCUACACCGUCCAGUUCUGGCACGUCUUUGCAGCCCGGCUUGCCUUCCUCAUCCUCUUUGAGCACGUGGCUCUGUGCGUCAAGCUGAUCGCAGCCUGGUACGUCCCCGAUGUCCCCCAAUCAGUUAAGAAUCAUGUUCUGGAUGAGAAACACAGCAACCUUCGGAAAGAACUGAGCACGAUGGAGUACUCCACUGAGGUGUAGCCUCCUCACACUGCAAAGAGUGAGAAGCACAGACCUGAGCCCCUCUCCCCAGCCCGGCAGUGCCACAGGCACCGGAGGAACCGCCGCGGCACCGCCGGCAGAGACAGGCCAUGUGCCCCCGAGCUUGGACUUGAGCUGGGGAGCUGACGGCAGCUUCACAGAGCAGGAUGCUUUAUGACUUGCACAGCCACGAGGAGGAAGAAAGUCGCAGCAGAGACAGGAAUGCUACCUGGGGCACAGGCUGGGCGAGCGCGCUGCUGGUCUGCAGGAGGUGAUCGAGCUUCCGCGUCAGUCAUCGCCUCCACAUGCUGUGCAGCCUCACAGGAAAAGGCAGCUACUUCAGUCCAGAUUCCCUCUCCAGCUCCUUCUUGUUCCUUGGCCCCUUCUUCCUCUGCCUUUAGUGACCUCCCUGCUCCUGUACCAUCAAGAAAAUUCAGUCCUUCCUCUUUCACACCGGCCAGCACAAUCCUCUCGGCACAACUACCGUGUGGCUGCAACUCCAACCCAUCGUUUUCACAGGCUGGAAAAGCGAACUCAUGGGCCUGAGUGGCUUUUGCACUGGGCCCUGCCAAGUCACUGCAUCUGCUCUGACUUCAUUACAUUCCCACCUCAACUAGAAUGAGAGAACAGUAAAUAAACACACUAACUG